AUCGGAGAUCAUUUCGCUCUGACGUCAUGGCUGCCGUGGCGCCUAACGCCGAGAAGAUCCUCAAGGAGAUCGAGGGGCAGAUCACAUCGUUUCAUGACAAGAGCAAAGGAAGCCUUGAGGCCAUCGGACUUCUCUUCAGUGAGAUGGCCAGCCAGCCCCUUCCCCCCCAGAUGAUCUGCCAGAUCUUGAAGAUGGACGAGGAGACGGUCCGAGCAAGCUUUGAAGCCGGCAACCCGCCUCGAGCCUCUAAGGAGCAGCUGGUUGAAGCCAUAAGAACCUCCAUCGACCCGGAGGAUGAUGUCGAGCUCUACCGCAAAGUUCUUGAGAAGCACAUCACUCGGUUUGAGAACACGGAGAAGAUCAUGUCUGCUCUGUCUAGCGACCUCUCGAGCUUCCAUCGACACGUGCCCGUCUCCUCCUCCUUCCUCUGCUUACUUCCUGCAGGUCGGAGGGUCCGUGGACAAGAUCUCAGCUUUCUUCUCGGACCUCGCGCCUGCCCCUCAGAAAGGCGAGCCCAUGCCAGAGGGAAUGAUUCACGCCCUCCUCCGGAUCGAACAAUCAGCCAAGACAUGCUCGGCUCAAGACUUCCUCGACUGCUUCGAGCGGAACCUGGAUCUCUCCGAUACCGUCACUGAGAUCAAGACUGUGUUGGACAAGCAUAUGGCAGCUUGAGCAAGAUCAGCGACAAUGCAAUCAGCACAUGCACGCUAGUCAGAUUUUCUCCCUCUUUCUUCCUCUUUCGCGAUUUUGUUUUCUUAGAAGACUUAACUCU